UUCAUUGACAUGACGUAUCCUGAAUUAUUCACUUCCGGCCAAAUGUAAAUUGUGUAAUCUAUGUAAUUGAAACGAACGUCAGGAUUUUCGUUAUCGCGUUAGAAUCCUUUUCGCAAUCAGAAGAAGAUUAGAGGGGAGGAUAAAAGAGAGAGGAUAUAUGAAAGUGAUUGAAGGCUAAAAACGGCAAGGAAAUCUACUGUGAAUUUUGAUAGAGAACUGUUGUUCUUCUAUCUUGGAAAUACAAAAUGCAUAUUAAAUUUCUUCUUUUAACGAGUGCAGUUCUUACGGUCGCAAUUGACAUUCCAUGGGCCAGCAAUCACCGAUUUUAUAAAGGUGAUCAACUAUCAUCGAGUAACAAACACAAAACGAAGUCAAUAAUAAGAAAAGAUAACGAAGAAUUACAACCCCAGAAAAUCAAAGAAACUGAAAACGCAAUGAAUAGAUAUAUAAAAGUAAGAAAGGAAGAAAAUAUAGAUCCUUGGAAAUUAUCAGAAGAUACAGAUCGAAUACAAUUUCAAAUAGAAGGUCAUGAAGGACCAAAAACGUACCUUUUUGGAUUUGAUACUGGAAAUGGAAAGGAUAGACAAUACAGAUUAGAAGAAAGGCAUCGUGAUGGUACGAUAAAAGGACAAUAUGGUUAUUACGAUGCGCAAGGAAAAUUAAGGAAGAUUCAGUACGUAGCUAAGCCUUUUGAAGGAUAUACUGAGAUACAUCACGAAAGUAAUGUAAGAAAGAUAAAAAAUUAAUCAAAAAUCAUACUUCUUUAUUUAAAUAUAUUAAAUUUCAAUAUUUCAAAAUUCGUUCAUUACUAAGCAUCAAAGCAAAUGAAAUAUUAAAUAAUCUAAAUCACCAUUCUAUUAAAAGUUAAUUGAAUAGAAGCAAUGAAUGAUAUUAUAAAAGAUGAAAUUUGGAUAAAAUAGAAUGUCUUUCGCAUAAAUUUUGUUCUUAAUAUGAUAGAUUGGAAGAAGUAAAUACCGCAUACUUGAAAAAAAGAAAAAAAAAAAAAAAAGAACAACAGCCGUCAAUGAAAAGUAGAAGCUAAAUUUAAACGCAAAUUUAAAUAUGCUAUUAGCGAGAAGACUGUUAAGAAGGUACAUAUGCAUAUACACUUUUGUGUGUGUGUGUGUGUACAUAUAACACGCACACACACACACAAUGUACAUUUUUAUAAAUGUCACAGAGUUUCAAAAUCCAGAAUUUGCGAAAGUAAUUUUCUCAUUUAAUCAAAGCUAAUUUUCUCAAGGACUUUUUGUAAUAUUCGUGUUUUCUAAUUAAUAACUAUGUAACAAUGUUGCUAUUACCUAAAAUUCUUCCAAUUAAUACUUAUUCUGAUUAAUCGUUAAAUCAGCAAUAUUAACGAAAUACCCUCGCCAUUAAUAUCUGGUUUUAGGUAAAGUUAAAUAUAGGAUCAAAUUAAUAAUACUACUACAAAACUUCGUAUAUAUUAACAUCCUCGCUUGUUUCAUCAAUAACUAAUUUUGAUUAGUAAUGUGCAAUUAAUUAAUUAAAUGUGGAAUUAAUCAAUCGAAACUAGUAUUGGAAAAAGACAUUUUAGUAUUAG